GACAGCUGGAAGGUGACACGGGACUUCUCCAGCAGAUCUAGGACAGCUUUCCAGAUGUGCCAAAGUGAAUCCUGAUGAAUUUACCCUAAAAAUGUAGCAGACAACAGCAGAAGAUUGUCGAUUAGACCUGGGUAAAGUACGACUCGCGUAAGAGGCCUCUGCACUGUGACUCCUACUCAGCUUCAACCUAAAAAAAAAAUAAGAGAACACAUCAACCAGCUUGUUGACCUGGGACUCGGCGAUGUCAGCACGCUCCUGAGCCUCCUCCAUCUCAUGCUGGACCUUCCUGAGCCUGGUCAUAAUUGGAUAAGGUCACAGUUCCUACCCUAGACUCCAGUUUCUGGAGCUGCUUCUUGCCACCCUUCAUGGCCAGGUGAGCACUGGUAUCCUGUUCCUUCUUCAGCUCCUCAGCCAUCAUGGCAGCCUGAAAUCAGUACAUGGAAUUGACUCAUUUCUUGCCUCCUGAACAGUAUCUUCUACUUCGCCUUGAAUCUGGACAAGGUUGGCAGCCAGAGCGUUAGCUCUCUCUACAUCAAUCAUGAGGUCCUCCACCUCUCCAUGCAGCCUCUGCUUGGUCUUCUCCAAAGAGGCACACUUAGAGUUCACAGCUUCAAUGGACUCCUCAGCCUCCUGGAGACGCUGGGCCAGCUUCUUCCUGUAAGAGCAGCUCAGGCUUGUGUCCAGUCAUCAGCUGGUAGAAGAUAUGGUAGCUCCUCUCAGCAGACAACUGGAAGGUGACACGGGACUUCUCCAGCAGAUCUGAAGACGAUGAUCUGCCUUAUGAGGAAGAGAUUAUUAGAAAUCCAUAUUCGGUCAAGUGUUGGAUGCGUUACCUCGAGUUCAAACAGAAUGGGGCCAAAUCCACCAUCAAUAUGAUCUAUGAACGGGCUCUGAAAGAGCUACCUGGAAGCUAUAAACUUUGGUACAAUUACCUGAGGGAGAGAAGGAAACAAGUGAAAGGGAAAUGUAUCAACGAGCCAGUCUUUGAAGAGGUCAACAAUUGCCACGAAAGAGCACUGGUGUUCAUGCACAAGAUGCCCAGAAUAUGGAUUGACUAUUGCCAGUUUCUAGUAUCGCAGUCUAAGAUCACACGGAGUCGGCGAACGUUUGACCGUGCACUCAGAGCUCUGCCUGUUACUCAGCAUCCUCGCAUCUGGCCUCUCUAUCUUCGCUUUGCCCGAAACCUGCCCCUGCCAGAAACAGCCAUCCGAGUGUAUCGCCGGUACCUCAAGCUUUCUCCUGAGAAUGCAGAGGAGUACAUCGAAUACUUAAAGUCGGUCGGCCGCUUGGAUGAAGCUGCUGUGCGUCUAGCAGCUGUCGUCAAUGACGAAGGUUUUGUUUCCAAAGAAGGCAAAUCUAAUUAUCAGUUGUGGCACGAGCUCUGUGACCUGAUAUCUCAGAACCCCGACAAGGUGACCUCUCUGAACGUAGGCGCUAUCAUUCGCGGUGGGCUCACACGUUUUACAGACCAGCUCGGCAAACUUUGGUGCUCUUUAGCUGAUUAUUACAUCCGGAGCGGCGUUUUUGAGAAGGCUCGUGAUGUGUACGAGGAGGCCAUUCUUACCGUGGUCACAGUAAGAGAUUUCACCCAAGUCUUUGACAGUUAUGCCCAGUUUGAGGAGAGCAUGAUCGCUGCCAAAAUGGAAACCACCGCUGAGAUGGGGCAGAAUGAGGAUGAGGACAUCGACCUGGAGCUUCGACUUGCGCGUUUUGAGGAGCUGAUUGCACGACGACCUCUUCUCUUAAACAGCGUAUUGCUGCGACAAAACCCGCAUAAUGUCCAUGAGUGGCACAAACGUGUAAAACUAUAUGAAGGCGUUCCACGGCAGAUCAUCAACACAUACACGGAAGCAGUGCAGACCGUAGAUCCCAUGAAAGCCACUGGGAAGCCUCACACGCUGUGGGUCACCUUUGCUAAAUUCUAUGAAGAAAACGAGCAACUGGAUGAUGCCAGGACUAUAUUUGAAAAGGCUACCAAAGUGAAUUACAAGCAGGUGGACGACCUCGCCACCGUGUGGUGCGAAUAUGGAGAGAUGGAGCUCCGGCAUGAGAACUAUGAGCAGGCACUGAGGAUAUUGAGGAAGGCCACAGCCAUCCCAUCCAAAAAGGCAGAGUACUUUGAUGCAUCUGAGCCUGUCCAAAACAGAGUCUACAAAUCUCUGAAGGUCUGGUCCAUGUUGGCAGACUUGGAAGAAAGCCUUGGCACUUUCAUGUCUACCAAAGCGGUAUAUGACCGCAUCAUCGACCUGCGCAUUGCCACACCACAGAUCGUCAUCAACUACUCCAUGUUCCUUGAAGAGCACAACUACUUCGAGGAAAGCUUCAAAGCGUACGAGCGUGGUAUCGCCCUCUUUAAGUGGCCAAACGUUUACGACAUCUGGAACACCUACCUUACCAAGUUCAUAGAUCGAUAUGGAGGCAAGAAGCUGGAGAGAGCCAGAGACUUAUUUGAGCAAGCUCUUGAUGGCUGUCCUGCUAAAUUCGCCAAGACCAUUUACCUGCUGUACGCCAAGCUGGAGGAGGAGUACGGAUUGGCACGUCACGCCAUGGCGGUCUAUGAGAGAGCGACGCAGGCGGUAGAAACAGAUGAGCAACACCAGAUGUUCAACAUUUACAUCAAGAGAGCAGCUGAAAUAUACGGUGUUACAUACACCAGGGCCAUUUACCAGAAGGCUAUUGAGGUACUUCCUGAUGAGCACGCCAGAGACAUGUGCUUGCGAUUCGCCGACAUGGAGAGCAAACUGGGUGAAAUUGAUCGGGCCAGAGCGAUCUAUUCCUUCUGCUCUCAGAUUUGUGACCCCAGGGUCACGGCCGUAUUCUGGCAGACCUGGAAAGAAUUUGAGAUCCGCCACGGAAACGAGGACACGAUCAGAGAGAUGCUGCGAAUCAAGCGCAGCGUCCAAGCGACUUACAACACUCAGGUCAACUUCAUGUCGUCUCAGAUGCUGAAGGCCACAACGAGCGCCACAGGGACCAUUUCAGAUCUCGCUCCAGGUCAGUUGGGCAUUGAUGACAUGAAAAUGUUAGAGCAGAAAGCACAGCAGCUUGCUGCAGAGGCAGAGCAGGAUAAGCCUAAGCCAAAAGAAAAGAUUCUUUUCGUCAGGAGUGACACAUCUCGCAGCGAGUUGGCUGAGCUCGCCAAACAGGCCAAUCCGGAUGAGAUCGAUAUCGAUGACGACGAUGAAGAUGACAAUCAAGGCCCAGAAGAGGUGCGUUUGGAGCAGAAGAGUGUGCCCACUGCUGUCUACGGAGGCCUGAAAGAGGAUUGAAACUUUUUUUUUAUAAUUAAACAUUCAUAAUGCUUUUCUGAA